UUUCACAAUAACAGGCCCAGCCUACCUGGGUCUCUCACAGUACACGCCAAGACUCCAGAUCGCGCACUUGCUGUUCACGUAAAUCAGGAACGAUGUCGACAUUUCUGUACAUGGCCGUGGUCAUCUGUGUGUCCACUUGUGCCCAGGGCUUCCAGACCAGUGGGCGUAUCGACACAGAGAAGCACACUUUCGUCAUGCAGUCGCCAUACUACGGUCUUUAUGGAACUAUUACUUUCACAUACGAAAUCUCCUUCCCCGAGAUGUACGGAGGAAUUGAUCUGCUUGCAUUCCCAAGGAAGGAGAUGGACAUGGCGAAGAAUUCUAACACAAGCUGCAGCGAUGCCAAAUUCCACUGGCACCGCACUCUCCACUCAUUCGAGCCGAGCUGUCGAUACAACGGGGAAGACAUCUAUGGGCGUAUGCUCAAAUGCAACGGGCGCUUCGAUCUGACGGAUAACAGUGGCCAAGAAUUUUACUUUGCCAUCAGAAAUUGCAACGGCAUGGGUAUCAGGGGCACUCACUACAACCUGAUGGAAGGAAUGGAGGUCGUCGCAACAGCAUCUGCCUCCGUCUCCGUCCCCAGCACCAGCUGCAUCCUGGCAUUCUUUGCUGCCAUGGCAACCGUCCUGCGAAUUUAAAGAUGCUUAUAUGUGCAUCUAUAGGGUAGCUUUGCAGGUGAUCCUGCUUCUCUGUGUAAUCAGUGUCUUGUAUAACAGUAAGCGUAAUCAGACCCCGACUUCCAUUCGAGGUGCAGCUUCGUUUAUUCCAAAGUCCAUGUGAAACAGCGUCUGUGUGAGCGCACGCGUAUUUGAAUUCAGACGGGUUUUUUGACCGUCGUACCUUAAAAAGAUAAACAUUAUCAAUGUUCUUCAGAUCUCCAGUAAAGAUAUGUUAAUGCUGCCCUUGUUUGAUAAUCGAAUGCUUAUGUUGCACUUGCUUUGUGUUAUCAAUUAAAAAGUGAAGCAAUUUAUAUAUAUAUAUAUAUAUAUAUAUCACAUGACAGAAUCGGAGGUUUACUUAUAUCUAGGGGCAUUAAUAAUUCUUCGAGGCAUUUAAGUUGCAACUCCCUUAACAUGUGAAAUGUCAGUGAAUUUGUUCUUUGUUUUUAUUUUACAUGAUGCGAAUCGUUUAUAGACGAGAGUAUUGGCUAUCGACAAUAAGUAACACAAUAAUAUUUUUGUUCAGUGUUUUUCAACAGGCAUGAUUCUACAUAUGCUUGGAAGAAAGUUACUUUUUCAUAUUGAUGUACGCAACUCUGCGUUCAUGCCAUCUUGAAUAGUUUGCAAUUUUUUUAUAUGUGAGUACUUUUAAAUAAAAUACUUAGUUUCUUAAA